AGAUACUGAGGAACCAGUUAUAGUUGGCUGUCCAUUGUCCAAGGCCGUUCCCAUGCAGCCCGGUCAGAAUUUCGCUACAGUGUCUUGGACUGAACCAACAGUGUCAGAUAACUCUUAUAGUGUUACGUUGACAUUUAAUGGAGAGGGGACCAAUGCAGGCGACUUUUCACUGGGAAUAACCUCUCUUUCAUACACAGCUGUUGAUGCUGCCGGAAAUAGAGCUACUUGCAUGUUCGAGAUAGUAGUCAGUGAUACUGAGGAACCAGUUAUAGUUGGCUGUCCAUUGUCCAAGUCCGUUCCCAUGCAGCCCGGUCAGAAUUUCGCUACAGUGUCUUGGACUGAACCAACAGUGUCAGAUAACUCUUAUAGUGUUACGUUGACAUUUAAUGGAGAGGGGACCAAUGCAGGCGACUUUUCACUGGGAAUAACCUCUCUUUCAUACACAGCUGUUGAUGCUGCCGGAAAUAGAGCUACUUGCAUGUUCGAGAUAGUAGUCAGUGACACCGAAGAGCCUGUGAUAGACCAGUGUCCAUCCACACAGUCUGUGAGCACAGAACUUAACCAGGACUUUGCAAUGGUUUCCUGGGUAGAACCCCGUGUGACAGAUAACUCUAAUGACUUUACACAGACAUUCAAUGGAGAGGGAACCAAUCCAGGCAACUUUCCAAUUGGAAUCACCUCUCUGUCUUACACAGCAGUUGAUGCUCAAGGCAAUACAGCCACAUGCAUGUUUGCCAUAGUUGUCAGUGACCAUGAAGCCCCGAUUAUCACUGACUGCCCGAGCUCUCAGACUUUAACGACAGAGCUCGGAUCAGAAACGGCCACGGCGAUUUGGGCGGAGCCCACUGCAUCCGAUAAUUCCAACAGUAUGACCCUGACCCCGAGUCGUAGCGGAGAUGUGUUUCCCGUCGGUCAGAACAUAGUCACUUACGCGGCUCAAGACCCGAGUGGGAACACGGCAACAUGCACCUUUGUUAUAUCAGUCAUGGCUCCUCUGGGAUGCUCCACUAGCCAGCUUAUAUCCUGCCGGGACACAGAAACGUGUGUGGAGAAUGAAUGCCGGUGCAGGCCUGCCUUCAUCCGACUGAAUGAUGUUUGCACAGAGGCAAACAAAUUCAGCAUUUCAGUGCGAGCCCUAACGCUCAACGGUAUUGAUUACGAAUACACUGAUGCCCUGAGUGACCCAAAUUCUCCAGAAUUCCAAGCAAAGGCUAACGAUUUCAUUAUCGUGAUGAUGCAAAACACUGAUACGAUUUAUGGAGUUACGGUUAUUGAAAUUCAGAGAGGGAGUCUGAUAUUCGUAGCUGAAGCCAUCACCGAACCGUCUACAACGAUGGCCCAACUUGAACAAGAUAUAGAUAGUGCUAUUCAAGAGGGUCGGCUACCGCAGGACCAACGACCAUAUUCUUUGCUCCCGACGACACUGUCAUCGCGGGCACAGAGGAAAAGGGACCCCCAGACUAAUGUGCAUCUAUCCUCUAGAAGAGCGGGAGACCAGAGGGCACGACGUCAAGGUCCAGGGCGCCCGGGGGAUGUCUUCUGGCAUGACGACAAUCUUUACCGUGGCUAUGUGGGCGGGACUCGCGGGAAUACUCUCACGACGGAAUUUAUGGGAUAUUAA